AUGAGCGUUCUAAGACUGCGAUACUUGGCGCUAUUACUCGGAAUCCUAUGGAUCGCCCAAUCUCACUCUGUUCAAGUGGUUUCCGCCAAAAAUCCGCUUUACAUCGUCCGCCUCCGCUCCGCGCCUCCGCUCACCGCGUAUCGCGGCGGGAUUCCCGGAUACCCCGCGACGGCCGUGUGGGCCGAUGACCCCGACGACGACGGCGACGACAACGGCUCGUCUGACGGGCUUAUCGCCACGUCCGCCAAUGCCGCCGUCACUGCCGCCGCGACUGCCGCCGAAACUAUCGCCGCAACUGUCACCGCAACUGCCGCCGCAACCGUCGCUAGCGUGAACGCUUCUAUUGGACCUUUCGCAACAGCAGCGUCCGCUGGCGUCACCGCUGCCGCCGCCUCCGCCGCCGCGGCGGGGGGGAACCAGCGUCCGCGCAUCAACAUGCGCGCGGCGCACGUGACGGCAUUCGCGCAGCUGCUGCAGCGGCAGCAGGCGCAAGUCGCGGCGGACGCGGAGGUCGCGGCGGGGCAAGUCCUCUACAACUUCCGCCAGACCACUAACGGGUUCGCGGCGCCGCUCACGCCCGCGCAGCUGCGGAGAGUAAAGCGGCACCCGUCCGUCGCGUCUGUUCGCCGCAGCCGCGUGUUCCGCAAGCUGACGACCUCGUCCGCGACGUUCUUGGGAUUGCCGAGCAGCGUGUGGCCCGCCGUGGGCGGGCGCAGCAAGGCGGGCGCGGGGAUGGUGAUUGGGAUCGUGGACACGGGCGUGUGGCCGGAGCACCCGUCGUUCAGCGGAGGGGGCUUCGCAGCAGCGCGCCCAGCAGGGUGGGCGGGCAAGUGCCAGAAGACGGCCGACUUCCCCGCGUGCGGCAACAAGCUCAUCGGCGCGCGCUACUUUGUCGCCGGCUUUCAGAGCGAGAACGGCCGCCCCGACUUGACGUACGACUGGCUGUCUCCCCGUGAUGCUGCUGGCCACGGCACCUGGUGUGCAGGAGCCGCAGCGGGCAACAGCGGUGUGUCGUUCGGGCAAGCGGGAACAGCCUCGGGCAUGGCGCCAGCAGCGCGCCUGGCAGUCUACAAGGUCUUCUGGUCCAGCUAUGGCGACCAGUUUGCUACAGAGGCAGACAUCAUCGCCGCCACCAACCAGGCUGUAGCGGACGGCGUGGAUGUGCUCUCGCUCUCCCUGGGGGGCGGCAGCGCCGACGCGACCUAUUUCGACGAUAUUCCGUUUCUGAAUGCCAACACGGCGGGAGUGUUUGUGGCGUUUGCGGCGGGGAAUUCCGGGAGGCCGAGUGGGAGUAGCAGCUUCAGCACUUAUCGCAAAAUCAGCAACUUCUCUCCGUUCUACCUCACAGUGGGGGCCAGCACCAUUCAACGAGGAGGUGUGUCUCUAGCCAGGCGGGCACCAACCAGGAAGGCUGCUUCUGCGGGCAAAGCAGUUGUGGCCGCCUCCAAUCACUCCAGCACAACGCAUUCCACCCCAUCAGCAACACCCUCGCCCACCGCCAAACCCACCGCCACCCAAAGCAAGCCCACCGCAGCCGCCACAUCUCCCCGCCGCACCGCCGUCGCCACCGCCCCCACCGUCGCCUCCUUCUCCUCCUCCGGCCCUCUCGUCCGCCCCUGGACCGUCUCCCAAGGCGCCCAGGCCACCAACGCCAUCUUAAAGCCCGACAUCAUCGGCCCGGGGGUCUCCCUCUUCUCUGCGUGGGUCGGCUCUGACGUGGGCGAUAAGGGGAGCUACGCACAGCUGUCGGGGACGUCGAUGGCGACGCCUCACUUGGCGGGAAUCGCAGCUCUGGUCAUGCAAAAAUAUCCCACGUGGAGCCCCGCGCAGGUCAUGUCGGCCAUUAUGACCACCGCCAUAACCACCAAUAUGGCCGGUACCGCCAUCAAGAACGCAUAUGGAUCCGUGGCAACGCCAUGGGAGAUUGGCGCAGGGCAUGUGUUCCCGCCCAAGCCCCCUUCGGCCCCAGUCAGCUGGUCGCAUUCAUCAAUGGAGCUAGUCCCCUCCGUCCCACAACCCUCGUUCCGUUAUCGCCUGCGUCUCAUUAUCGCGUCCUUCGUUCCCUUCCGCGUUCCCCCUCUCCCCUCCUCCGCUCCCCCACACCUCCUUGCUCCGCCCAUCGCAGCGUCUACCCCCAAGUCCUCGUCGCUCUAUAUCGUCCGCCUGCGCUCCGCCCUUCCCCUCGCCGCGUAUCGCGGCGGAAUCGCGAGCUUUUCGGGAUGGACGGACGACGACGACAAUGCUGCCGGUCCGUCAGGUCUGCGCGCGACGGCCGCGACGGUGGCGCAGGAGGAGGCGACGCUUACCGGCAGCAUUCCGCGGCGCGCGCGGCUGAGCAUGGAGAACCCGCAGCUCAAGGCGUACGCGCAGACGCUCGAGACGCAGCAAAUCCGAAUCGCGGCUGACGUGGGCGUGACGUCAGACCGCAUAGUGUACAACCUCCCUCCCCUCCACUUUCCCCAUCCCUUCCCCCAACCUCCUCUGCUCACCCGCUCCCUCAACCCGAGCGCGAGAACGGGUUGCUGGGGAGCAGUGGAUUCUCAGCCCCAUUCCAUGGCUCCCCACAUCACCCACCGCACCCAACCCAACCCCGCCCAUACCGUACCCCAGACCCUCCUUCCCCUCCCCAUCCCCCGUGCCCUCACCCCUCCUGCACCCCACUCGCCGCCACUCCUCCCUUCCCCCCCUCUCUCUCCCCCAGCAACAGUGCUCACCCACACAGCCUACCGCCCCCACCUGCCGCGAAGCCUCCUCGGCCUCUUCAUUCCACAUCCCUUCCCUCAUCUCCCGCUUAACUGUCUCGUCUUUCCCCCCACUUUCCUCUGCUCGCCUCCCCCGCUCCCCCUCUCCCACUUACCCAGAUACAUGCACGCGAGCAACGGGUUUGCAGCGUCCCUCUCCCCGCAACAAGUGCGGCAGCUGCAGCGGCACCCGGCAGUGGCGGCAGUGACGCGCAGCCGCAGAGUGACCCCCCUCACCACCGACUCGCCCACCUUCCUGGGCAUGCGUGCCACCGGGUCGCUGUGGCCCGCCAAUGGCGGGCAGGCGAGCGCGGGCAAGGGCAUGGUGAUAGGCGUGGUGGACACGGGCAUCUGGCCGGAACACCCCUCCUUCAGCGACGCGGGUUUCUCCUCCUCGAAACCCGCGGGGUGGUCGGGGAAAUGCGACACGACGAGCGAGUUCAAGUGCAAUAAUAAGCUCGUUGGCGCACGGGCGUUUUACAAGGGCUUUAAGGCGGACAACGGCGGGCCGGACCUGUCGAAUGAUUGGCUGUCGCCUCGCGAUUCUGCGGCAGCGGGCAACAAGGACGUGGCCAUGGCGGGCGGCAAGGCGAGUGGCAUGGCGCCAGCAGCGCGCCUCGCAAUGUACAAGGUCUUCUGGUUCUCCGAAGGCUCCCUCUUUGCCGUAUCCGCCGACAUCGAAGCGGCCGUCAACCAGGCGGUAGCGGACGGUGUGGAUGUGCUCUCGCUCUCGCUGGGCGGCAACGAUCCAACGGACACCUACUUCUCCCACAUGCCGUACCUCGCGGCCAACCUCGCGGGGGUGGUUGUCACGUAUGCGGCGGGCAAUGCUGGCCCGUUCUUCGGGGACCGCACACUCGACAACUUCUCACCCUUCUACCUCACUGUGGGGGCAAGCACCAUAGGCCGUGGCGGUCUAACCCUCAAGGCCGCUACAUCAGCAGCAGCAGCUCUCAGCAACUCAUCAUCCGCCUCAGCCACCCCAGCAGCCAUCGCCUACCCAUCCAUCGCCGAAUUCUCCUCCACAGGCCCCCUCCGAGACCCUUCCACCGAUGCCACCGGCGCCCUCCCCACCAACAGCAUCUUAAAGCCCGACAUUGUCGGCCCGGGCGUGGAUCUCUACGCGGCUUGGCCGGCUGAGAAGGUGGGAAAGCCGGGGAGCUACGCACAGCUGUCGGGGACGUCGAUGGCGACGCCUCACUUGGCGGGCAUUGCUGCUCUCAUCAUGCAAAAGUACCCCAAGUGGAGCCCCGCGCAGGUCAUGUCCGCCAUUAUGACAACCGCCAAGACCACUGACACAAGCGCUGCUGCUAUCAAGAAUUCUUACGGCGAGGCCGCUACCCCGUGGGAUGAGGGAGCUGGUCAAGUGUUUCCAGCCAAGGUGCUGGAUCCUGGGCUCACGUUUGAUGCUCGGGCAGCUGCGUAUCGGAAUUUUCUUGCCGGGCAGAGCAUGAAGCAGGCACAGAAGGAGUUUCUGGGCGCUAAUCUGACAGCGAGUGCUCCCCGUGAGUUGAAUCGUCCGAGCAUCUCAAUCUCCCGCUUGAGAGGGACGCUGACAGCAACGAGGACCGUGACAAGCGUUCUUGGUGCGUCGGCCACAUACACCGCUACCAUCAAGCCUCCUAAGGGCGUGGAUGUCACGGUUUCACCGAGUAAAUUCACCAUUGCAAAGGAUGGGAAGGUUACCUUCACGGUGACCUUCAAGGUGACUAAGACUUCUGAGGACUUCCAGUUUGGAAGCCUAACGUGGGCCGAUGGUAAAGGGCACUCGGUGAGAAUGGUGCUCGCAGUACAACCCACUAAGCUGUGA